AUGAUUUUGUGUAGUAGCGAAAAUAAGCGGAAGUUUAAACAGAGAGCGCAACUGGUCAUUAUUGCUGCUGUUAUUGUUGCAUUCGUUGAAAGUUUCAUUAAGAAUCAGACAACUAUGACACCAAUAGUGACAAUUGCUGCUGCUGUUCAUAUUCCUAAUACUACUGCGAAAAUUACAACAACAACAACAGCAGCAACGACAACAAUAACAACAACAACAAAAACAACAACAGCAACAACAACAAAAACAACAACAACAAAAACAACAACAGCAACAACAACAACAACAACAACAACAACAACGACAACGACAGCAACAACAACAACAACAACAACAACAACAACGACAGCAACAACAACAACAACAACAGCAAGAACAACAACAGUAACGACAGCAACAGCAAUGAAUAUUACUGUUAUUCCUGAAACAAUAGUAUUAACCACAAAAAUCAUUGAAUCAACAAAACCAACUGUUAAACAAGCAACAACAACUUCCACUAAUAUUUCCAUUUCAAAGAUACCGCAGAAAGUAAAAUCAACCAAAUCAACAACAAUAACAACAAUUUAUGCCACUGUUACCACCAUUUCUAAAAUAUUGCGAGAAAAAAUACAACCAACCAUAUUUGAUUCUAGAAUUAGCAUACCUCCAAUUUCACCUAUUCGUGAACCCAAAUUAUCUAUUAAUCCAACAGAUACAGAAGAACCACGAUCAGCAUUUGUAUUAGUGUUGCUUGGUGUAAGCGCAACUGUCAUGAUUACAUCAUUAGCGCUUAUAUUAUUGAUCAAAUUUGGUGUCAUUUUUCAACAACCAAUGCGAUCAUCAUUACAACGUGGACAGAUUGAUGAAGCAUUAUGA